CCCACGGCUCAGCCCCGGCAGCCGUCCCCACGUCCCCUGGCGCAGCGAGACAAAACGGGGCGCUGCCCUGCGGGGGCCAGGCCUGGCACAAACAGUUUAUUGGCAGCCCCGGUACAAAGAGCUUGGGUAGGUGCGAGUGAGGAAGCGGCGACGCAAACCCGGCCCGGCUCGGUGCCCCUCCGGCUCCGCCGCGAUGCCACGGGGCACCGUGGGGCCAGGCCAGCGCUGAACCCACGGCCGAUGGAGCCCGGGGCUCUUCUCACCCGCCGCGGUCAGUCCACGACCUCCCAGCCCCGAGGCGCGAGGCACCGGCGCUUCGCCCGGCACGGGACUGUCCCGGCUCUACCCCGCAGCAGAGCCCGGCGACUCCUGAGCCAUCGCUGCAGCCCUGUUUGCGCGUGGCGCAGGCCAGCUCCCGUUUUUCCUCGCAUAAAACCGAAGUCUGCUUCCAGCCGUAGCGGCAGCAGAGAAAAAGCUUAAAAAAAAAACCAACCAAAAAAACCAUGAACGCCGGACGCCGAGCAGAGCAGUCCCAGAGCCGCGCCGAGCAGCCUCGUUUAACAGACCUGGCUCCCCGGAUGCUCGGUCUGGCUUGUGCAGUUCACCAGUUGUGCGAGUUACCUGGAAAAAGCUAAUAAAUAACAGGCGGGUGCCGGGCAAGGGUGUCACGGCAGGAGAGGGGCGAGCAAGGACGAAACACAGAGGCUGGCGAGGGGACCGGGGCUGCGAUCACCCACCCGACACGGGCUUCAGAAUGGAAACACUGUAUUGACAGACUUUACAAAAGUUAUUACAAAACACAAUCACGAACCAGCAGCUGACGAUACACAGCGGAAGAGACACCACUUACAGCCACCUCAGGAACAACACCAAUUAGCUCCGAGAAGUCAACCAAUAUUUACACAGACGUCUGAAAAUCUCCAGUCAGUUAUCUCAUACAUUUAAGUGUUUUAGAUCAACUGUGAAAUAUAGUGCCACACGUUUCCUUGUAGUAUUAUAAUAAUUAAUAAUAACAAUAAUAAUAAUAAUUAAUAAUAAUAAUAAUAUACUACUUCUAGAGUAACUAAAAACCAAACAGCUCUUUACAGGGGUUAGGAGAAGUUGCUUUCACUCAUCUGACUUACCUGAGUGUGAGACCAAACCCAGUUAAAAAAUAAUAAUAAAAUCGCCUUCAUUGACAGGAGUUCGUGUGACGGACCAGCGGCUCCGUUCCCUUGGGCCAGAGGGAAACCACAGCCCGACUGGUGCCAGUAACAUCCUUCGAAAGAACAGAGACGCGUCCUCCUCGGGUGAGGCCUCGCCGGGAGCGGCACCGGGGAGCGACCGCCUCUUCUCCCCUGAACGACCGGGACGGUGCCAUGAAGGAGAACCGGGAGCGCCCCGUCGCCCUGGGUUACGCCGUCACCAAACCCGACAUCCUGGCCGAGGUGGAGCGAGGGGAGGAGGCGGUGGGGCACUAUGGGGAGCACCGGAGCCCCCAGCCGAGCACGGCGUCUGCCGGCCCCUCCCAGGGUGACUGGCUGGGGAAGGAGGUGAAGAGCGAGGAGGGGGUGUCCCCGCCACCCGGCUCCCCCCCGUCCCGCCGCGCCAGCCCCGACGACUUCCCCGUCCCGCUGCAGGAACGGGGCUGCAGCUACUGCGGCGUCUCCGAGCCGGAGCCGAAUCCCGGCGCCGGUAACGGGGGGUUCGUCGUGCCGUCCCCCGCCUUCGAGAGCCGCCGUUGGCGGCCGGGCGAGCCGCCGCUCGAGUGCGGUGAGUGUGGCCGAGGCUUCGGGCAAAAGCCGGACCUGGUGCGGCACCGGCUGGCGCAUGGUGGGGAGCGCGCCCACGCCUGCGGGCGCUGCGGGAGAGGCUUGGCCGAACCGGCGGGUCUGGGGGCCGCGGGAAGCCCCUGCCGCCCCACCCCCUGCACCGGCCGCUCCCCGGGGACGGCAGAGGGGGGCACGGCAGCACCCCGGAAGGAGCGGAAGGAGCUGUCGCUGACGGAGAAGGUGCGGGUGCUGGAGAUGCUGGAGGGCCCCAAGGUGUCUCAGAGCGAGCUGGCCAAGCGCUUCGGGGUGUCGCAGCCCCAGAUCUGCCGCAUCAUCAAGAACAAGGAGCGGAUCCUGAGCGAGUGGCACCGCAGCGGCGACCCCGAGCGCAAGCGCAAGCGGGAGGGGAAGGACGCGGCCCUCGAGGCCGCCCUGCUGCGCUGGGUGGAAGGCGCCCGCGCCGCCGACCUGCCCGCCGGCAGCCCGCUCCUCCAGCUCAAGGCCAAACACCUCGCCGAGGCGCUGGGCCGGCCCGACCCGGAGCCCAGCGGCAGCUGGCUGGCUCGCUUCGAGGCGCGCCACAGCCUCGCCUUCAAGAAGCCGCCGGCAGAAAAAGGGGACGCGGAGCAGCCCACGGCCGAGCACUGGGCCGGCGCGGUGCUGCCCGGCCUCCUCCGCAGCUACGCGCCCUCCGAGAUCUACGCCUGCGGGGAGACGGGGGUCCCCCUCCCAGCCAGCUCCCCCGGCAAGGGCGAGAGCGCCGGCGACCGGCUGACGCUCCUGCUCUGCGCCAACGCCGACGGCUCGGAGAAAACCCCACUGCGGGUGGUGGGGGAGAGCCCCCGGCCCCGCUGCCUGCGGGGAGUCAACCUGGGGCAGAUGCCCUGGAGCUACCGCGCCGGCAGCCUGGCCGCCGUGACAGCCCCUCUCUUCGCCGAGUGGCUGCAGGAGUUCAACGAGGGGAUGCGGCGGCAGGGGAAGAGCGUCCUCCUCCUCCUCGCCAAGCACGAGGCCCACCCCUACCUCCACCUUUCCAACGUCAGGAUGGUCUUCGUCCCGCCGGCCACCGCCCAGCCCCUGGACCGCGGCAUCACCAGCGACCUCAAGGGCCACUACCGGUGCCGGUUGCUGCGGUGGCUGCCGGCGGAGCGUGGCGCGGGGCAGCCCACCCUCCUGGAUGCCCUGCACAUGCUGGCGCAAGCCUGGGGCGACGUGCCGCCGGGGCUCAUCGCCAGCUGCUUCCGUGCCGCCGGCUUCAGCCCUGACGCCGGCGCCGAGGCCCCGACCCUCACCCCGGCGCCCGGCCCGCUCAGCCAGGAGCAGCCGGAGCACUGCGCGCCGACGGACGAGGAGCCGGGGGACGAGGGGAUGGCGGAGGGCGAGGAAGAGCCGGCGGCGGUGCGGCCCUGCCCCUCGGAGCAGGAGGUCUGGGGGAGCCUGGCCACGCUGCGGCGGUACCUGGAGUGCCGGGCCACCUCGCCGGAGCUCUUCCAGGCAUUCUACGAGCUGGAGGACACGGUGCACAUGGUGUCAGCCGGCGCCGGGAGAGCCCUCCUCGGGGACACCGCUCCCAAGCAGUGAGCGGAGCGGCCAACGUGUGUCCGGACCCCCCUGUGCCCGUGACGGGGACCGGCGCUUGUCGGGGCCAUCACCGGACUGGCCCGGCCACCGUCUCCUGCGGCAGCGCCCGGCUGAGUUGUGCCGUGGGGUUUGCUGUGGGUCCGCGUGGCUUUGGGGGAGCGCCGUGCCACGGGGGGCUGCGGAGCCGCCGCGCUCUGGGUGUCACCCAUGGGGGCAGCGGCGGGGACACCAACCUGCUGCCGAAACCUUCUCCCCCCGGGGGGGCUUCUGCAGCCAGCGGGAGCCAUCACAGAGCUGCCCCCGGGGGGGGGGGAUUUGCCCUGAGUGGGGUGGUUGUGUU